UUGUUGGUGUAGUAGCCCUGGUCGUUUGACUAAAACAAAACAAAACAAAGCAUGCGGCCUUUAGAAUCCUGACAAACAUGACGACCACUUUAGAAGCCCAGCUUUCGGACAAAUUGCAAAUGGUGGACGAGAUCAAGGACAAUGACCAGGAGCCGGGAAAGCAGGAAGAAACGGGUAUUUCCGACAAAGGUGCGCCUGGUAUUUCCGAUGUAAAGACGACGUCACCGUCUUCCAGUGAUAGUGCAACGAAAAGCAUUGCUCCGGAGCCAGAGUUUUACGAUAAGGCCCAAAAAUACUGGUCAGAGGUUCCGGCCACCGUGAAUGGUAUGCUCGGCGGACUUGGCUACAUUAGCGCCAUCGACAUACAGGGAUCUACAGUGUUCCUGCGCGAAAUCCGUGUGCCAGGCAACAGGUUGGCCUUGGAUUGUGGCGCUGGAAUAGGACGAGUGACUCGGAAUCUCCUGAUCCCGCGCUUCAACUGUGUGGACCUUGUCGAACAGGAUUCUGCAUUUGCAGAAAAGGCGAGGGAGUAUUGCAUCACGGAAGAUGUGAGUCCUGGCAAGGUGGGCCAGAUCUACAACGUGGGACUGCAGAAGUUCACACCCUCGCAACAGUAUGACCUUAUCUGGAGUCAGUGGGUGCUGGGCCACCUCACGGACCGUGACCUGGUCGCCUUCUUUAGGCGGAUCAAACAGGGACUGGCGCCCGGCGCCUUUUUCUGCCUGAAGGAGAAUGUGAGCAGCUCUAAGAAGACGGUGGAGGACAAGGAAGAUUCUUCAGUCACUAGACCACUUGAUAGCUACGAGCGUUUCUUAAAGGAAGCCGGGUUCCGCAUCGUGCGCAAGGUAAAGCAACAAAAUUUCCCCAAGGGACUCUUUCCAGUCUACAUGAUCGCCUGCAAGCCGGUCUCCAAGGAAUAGGGUUAGCAUAUAGUUAGUUUUACCAUUGACGUACAAGCGAUUGUAUUAAUGUUAUCCGAAAUUCAAUGUCACAUUACUAGCUAGUCAUUUCAAAUUGUAUCGUUUUAAACAGCAAAUAAACAAGCUUGCAAAAGCUUAACACGUUCCUUAAA